GUUUCUGCAGAUCAUCCGACCUGUUUCCUUCGCUCCUUUUCCUCUUCCUUUCUCCCUCUUUUCCCUCUUUUCCACCUCUUUUCUCCCUCCUUUUCUCCUCUUCCUGGCUGUUUUCCUGCAGAUCUUUUCAAUCUGAUCUAAUUGUAUCUUCUCUUCCUCUUCUCCUUCUUUUCUCCCUCCUUUCUCAUCUUCUCCCCUCCCCUUUACACGUCAACCAUCUUCAUCCAUCGCCAUCCGCUCCCGUUCUGCUUCUUCGUCGACUGUCUAUCGUUUAUCUCUUCCUGCUCAUCCUCCCUCCACUGAAAAUUGAAUCAAGCCUUCCGCUGCCAUGUCGAAUGAUCCGCCCGAGGCCCGGUGGCCCGCAAAAGACGACGCUGCUCACGAUACUAAAAAUACAAGCCAACCUCACGCUGAUCCCAACGGCUCUCCCUCCGAGGGAAAAGACCCUCGACCUGCUGCAGCCUCCACAACUACCACAACCACAACCACAACCACGACGACGCGACGGUCGCGUCGGAAGAAGGAUGACGACGCUGAUGACAAAGAACACGCCAGCGCCAACGGCAGCGAAAAGCUCAAGAAGAAGGACAAAGAGAAGGAGGCCAAGCCGCGUGGCGGCCGUCGUCCGCGCGAGAAGUCUACCACGGCUUCUUCCACGACGUCGCGCAAGAAGCCCAAGCUGGAGCCGCAAUCCUCAGGCGACUCGCGUCCCAGCGAUGCCCCCGUCCCUCUGGCUCCAGCUCCCCAGGAUCCCCUCCCUGCAAAAUAUCCCCAGCAGCAGCAGCAGCAGCAGCAGCAACACCAUCACUUGCAUCCUCAUAGUCUCCUCCAGCCGUCACCCCACCUGCCUCCGUCCUAUGUGAACAAUCCGCCUCGCUCGUCCUCCCCCUACCCGCUCACGUCUCUCCCGCCCUCAAGGCCGCCGUCGCAGCCCUCCGCUCCCCCUCCUCAGCGCUCCAGCGGUCAGAAUUACGACCCCAUUCGAGGCUCUGCCAUCGAGAAUGUCUCCCCUGCACCCGCACCCACCGCGUCCACCGUCACAGCCGCCUACAGCCCCCCGCCGCACAAUGUCUCCCCUUGCAAGUUCAGGGCAAGCGAGUCGCCCUCCAUCGCCAGUAUCAUCGACCCGCCGGCUCCUCCACCCCAGCAGGUGUCGCCUCUCGCAUUCCCGCGUCUAACGCGAACUUCUUCGGGGCAUGUCUCGUCCGCUUUGUCGCCGCCCAUCGCUUCAGCGAUCCCAGUGCCCUCAUCACAUUCUUCCCUGGCCCCGUCGCCGUUACCCACGCCGUCACCCUCCCAUGGAACUACGCUACAGACACAAUCGACGCUUCCACAGUCACAUCCAUUGCAACCGUCUCAGCCGUCACAAGCCUACGUGCACGACCAAUCCCACCAGCAGCAGCAACCACCACCGCAACAACAACAACAGCAACAACAUCCAGAACCGCUGAAGCAGGGCCUGUUCCCGGCAACUCAACCGUCACAGCCCAUUCCCCCUUCACAACAGCUGGAACCAUCCGUGCCGUCGCAGGUCCAGCGCUCUCCUUCCCCUCAUCAGACUGCACCUGUCGCCAUGGAAGUGGAUGUUGACCAGAAGACCCAGUCCCCUACGGCUUCGACGGCGAAGCCAUCUGCACCGUCGAAGAAAGAGAACUCCUCUGCACCUCCAUCGACCGUGCCGUCCCCCAAACCUGCACGUGCUUCGAAAGAGGCUCCCCAUCCCUUUCCACAGGGCUCUGGUUUGAUUACCAAUGCUCUGUUCGGCAUUGAUGACAGCUCUACCUCGUCUCGAAGUGCUCCCAACAUUGUUCUACACAUUCCACUGAACGGCACAGGUAACAAGAUCAUUAACUUCGCCCGUCUAGCUGAGGAAAAGUAUGGCUUUGCGGCCUUGCAUCCACGACUCGCUGCACAACGGGAACGACUUGCUCGAAUCGCCGCUGCCAGUGCUGCCCUGGAGAAAAAUGAGAAAGGUACCAAGGGUCUUUCUGCCGGCGAGAGUGCGGAUGAGGAUCUCAGUGUCGAUGUGGACCGCGACAGUGACCUUGAUGGCGAUGUCUCCAUGGGGGGGAUGGGCUCCGGAGCGGCAACCAAUGGCACACUGCCUGCUGCAGCAGCUGACGGCAAGAAGAAGCGUCGCAAGAAGAUGGAAGACUACGAUCGGGACGAUCCAUUUGUGGAUGACAGUGAGCUGGCUUGGCAGGAGCAUGCGGCAGCGAGCAAAGAUGGCUUUUUCGUCUACAGCGGACCUCUCGUUCCGGAGGGCGACAAGGUUCAAGUGGAAAGGUAUAUUGUCUACUUCCGUAUCCCCCCCCUCUCCCUUUCUCUUUGCUAAUUUAAUUCUUUCAACAGGGCGGACGGAACGGUCAAACG